AGCCCCCAGCCCCCCGGCCCCGCUAUGGCCGCGCCCCUCUAGACGCCCCCCCGGCUCGCCCCGCGUUACCCCGGCCCCUCCCGGGGCCGCCCGCCGGAGGAUGGACGAGGAUGGACCGCGAGCGGCCGACGAGGAGCCGGAGCCAGGAAGAGCCAAGACUUUUAUCCGCCUUAACGACCUGUCCGGGGCCGGGGGCCGCCCGGGGCCGGGGGAGCGGGAGGUCGGCAGCGGCGAUUCGGAGGCGGAGGGGCUGCCUUACCCGGCGUUGGCCCCCGUCGUCUUCUUCUACCUGAGCCAGGAGAGCCGGCCACGGAGCUGGUGCCUCCGCCUGGUUUGCAACCCCUGGUUUGAGCGUGUGAGCAUGUUGGUGAUCCUGCUCAACUGCGUGACACUGGGCAUGUUCCACCCCUGCGAGGACAUCGCCUGCGACUCACCGCGCUGCCGCAUCCUGCAGAGCUUUGACGACUUCAUCUUUGCCUUCUUCGCCGUGGAGAUGAUAGUCAAGAUGGUGGCGCUGGGGAUCUUUGGGAAGAAGUGUUACCUUGGAGACACGUGGAACCGCCUGGACUUCUUCAUCGUCAUCGCGGGGAUGUUGGAGUACUCACUGGACCUGCAGAAUGUCAGCUUCUCGGCCGUGCGCACCGUCCGUGUCCUGCGGCCGCUCCGGGCCAUUAACAGAGUCCCCAGUAUGCGCAUCCUGGUGACGCUGCUGCUGGACACUCUGCCCAUGCUGGGGAACGUCCUCCUGCUCUGCUUCUUUGUCUUCUUCAUCUUCGGCAUCGUCGGGGUGCAGCUGUGGGCAGGGCUGCUCAGGAACCGCUGCUUCCUCCCCGAGAACUUCAGCAUCCCCUACACAGUGGAUCUGGAGCGGUACUACCAGACUGAGAACGAGGAUGAGAACCCCUUCAUCUGCUCCCAGCCCCGUGAGAAUGGGAUGCGCUACUGCCGGAGCAUCCCGACACGCAGGGAGGAGGGCCUGGAGUGCACCCUGGACUACUACUCCUACAAUGACACCACCAACACGUCGUGCGUCAACUGGAACCAGUACUACACCAACUGCUCUGCCGGGGAGCACAACCCCUUCAAGGGCGCCAUCAACUUUGAUAACAUCGGCUACGCCUGGAUCGCGAUAUUUCAGGUCAUCACACUGGAGGGCUGGGUGGACAUCAUGUACUUCGUCAUGGACGCACACUCCUUCUACAACUUCAUCUACUUCAUCCUGCUGAUCAUUGUGGGCUCCUUCUUCAUGAUCAACCUCUGCCUGGUGGUGAUAGCCACACAGUUCUCCGAGACAAAGCAGCGUGAGAGCCAGCUGAUGAAGGAGCAGCGGGUGCGCUACCUGUCCAACGCCAGCACCCUGGCCAGCUUCUCGGAGCCAGGCAGCUGCUAUGAUGAGCUCCUCAAGUACCUGGUAUACAUCGCCCGGAAAGGCAGCAAGCAGCUGGUGGAGCUCUACCGGGUGGCAGGCGUGAGGAUGGGCUUCCUGGCCAGCCCUGCCAGCAAAGCGGGGGCUGAGCGCCAUGCUGGCAAGCGUCGCUCCAGGAGGAGGUCGUCGGUGCACCACCUCAUCCACCACCACCACCAUCACCACCACCACUACCACCUGGGCAAUGGGAACCUGCGGGCGCCCCACGCCAGCCCGGAGAUCAGCGAUGUGGACACUGGCUCUCUCCACAAUGGGACCAACCGGCUGAUGCUUCCCCCAUCGGCCCCAAACCCCCACAUGGCUUCCACUGCCACGGCCAGUGGCACUGAAUCCGUCCAUAGCAUCUACCACGCUGACUGCCAUGUGGAGCCGGUACGCUGCCGGGCAGCCUCCCCGCAGCCAAGCCCAGAAGACAUCCCCAGGAGCGUGGUGAUGGGCAGCAAGGUGUACCCCACGGUGCACCCCAGCACCUCCCAUGAGGCGCGGAAGGAGAAGAGCCUGGGGGAGGCGGCAGUGGGGGCUGGCAGCAGCACACUGAGUGGGCUGAACAUCCCACCUGGGCCCUACAGCACCAUGCACAAGCUGCUGGAGACGCAGAGCACGGGGUUCCUUUCGGUCCAUGUUACGGAUAAAGGUGAUGGAUUUCGAGGUCCCUGCCCAAGCUCCUGCAAGAUUACCAGCUCCUGCACCAAGCUGGACGGCAGCUCCCGCAGCCCCGAGAGCUGCCCCUACUGCCUGAAGGCAUUGGCCAACGAGGCUGAGCAGACAGACAAUGAGACAGACUCAGACAGCGAGGGGGUGUACGAGUUCACACAGGAUGCCCACUACAGCGACCAGCGGGACCCGCAGCACGGCCGAGCCUGGGCCAGGAGCAGCAGCCGGGUGUUGGCCUUCUGGCGCAUCGUGUGCGAGACCUUCCGGAAGAUUGUGGACAGCAAGUAUUUCAACCGUGGGAUCAUGAUCGCGAUCCUCAUCAACACUCUCAGCAUGGGCAUCGAGUACCACGAGCAGCCAGAGGAGCUCACCAACGCCUUGGAGAUCAGCAACAUCGUCUUCACAAGCAUGUUUGCCCUAGAGAUGCUGCUCAAAGUCCUUGUCUACGGCCCCUUUGGCUACAUUAAGAACCCGUACAACAUCUUUGAUGGGAUCAUCGUGGUGAUUAGCGUGUGGGAGAUCGUGGGGCAGCAAGGCGGGGGGCUCUCAGUGCUGCGGACCUUCCGGCUCAUGCGGGUUCUGAAGCUGGUGCGCUUCAUGCCGGCCCUGCAGCGGCAGCUUGUCGUCCUCAUGAAGACCAUGGACAACGUGGCCACCUUCUGCAUGUUGCUGAUGCUCUUCAUUUUCAUAUUUAGCAUUCUGGGGAUGCACCUCUUUGGCUGCAAGUUCGCUUCCGAGCGGGAUGGCGACACUCUGCCCGACAGGAAGAACUUCGACUCCUUGCUCUGGGCCAUCGUCACUGUUUUCCAGAUUUUGACCCAGGAAGACUGGAACAAGGUGCUCUACAAUGGCAUGGCAUCUACCUCCUCCUGGGCAGCACUCUACUUCAUUGCCCUCAUGACGUUUGGGAAUUACGUUCUCUUCAACCUGCUGGUGGCCAUCCUGGUGGAGGGUUUCCAGGCGGAGGAGAUCUCCAAGCGGGAAGAUGCUGGGGGGCAGCUGAGCUGUGUUCAGCUGCCGGGCGACUCGGCAGCGGGGGAUGCAUCCAAGUCUGACUCAGAGGGUGAGCUCUUCCUCCGCAGCCUGGAAGAGGAGGGUGGACUGAAGAAAAACUUGUCAAACCCAGUCUUGAUGGCCCUGAGUGAGCACCCAGAGCUGAAGAAAAGCCUCACCCCUCCACUCAUCAUCCACACCGCAGCCACGCCGAUGCCCAUGCCCAAGAGCGCCAUGUUUGGGGAUGCAGCUCAGGGCUAUGAGUCACGCCGAGCCAGUGGCGUCUCCAUGGACCCUGCUGCCUAUGAGCUCAAAUCCCCGCCCAGCGCCCGCAGCUCCCCGCACAGCCCCUGGAGCACUGGCAGCAGCUGGCCCAGCCGCCGCUCCAGCUGGAACAGCAUCGGCCGGGCACCCAGCCUCAAGCGGCGGGGCCAGAGCAGUGAGCGCAGGUCCCUGCUGUCCGGGGAGGGCAAGGAGAGCUCAGAGGAUGGGGAGAGCUCGGAUGAGGAACACUCCAGCCGGGCUGGCAGUGUCAACGGCUCCUUACCUCAUCGCAUGGAGUCACUGGAAGCAAAGGGCUCCUUCGACCUCCAGGACACCCUGCAGGUGCCUUCGCUGUACCGGACCAGCAGCAUGCACAGCAGUCGCACCACUGCCUCUGAGCACCAGGACUGCAAUGGGAAAACCUCUCCUGGCCUGCUGGUCCAUCAGCUCCACCUGGACGACCCUCGGCCAGACUGUGAUGAUGCUGACGAUGAAGGCAACAUGAGCAAAAGGGACCGCAUGAAGGCCUGGGUACGGGCACAUCUCCCCACCUGCUGCAAGGAGAGAGACUCCUGGUCCAUCUACGUCUUUGCUCCUCAUUCUAGGUUCCGUCUGAUGUGCAAUAAAAUCAUCACGCACAAGAUGUUUGAUCACAUCGUCUUGGUGAUCAUCUUCCUCAACUGCAUCACCAUUGCCAUGGAACGACCUAAAAUCGAGCCUCACAGUGCUGAACGGAUCUUCCUAACGCUCUCUAACUACAUCUUCACAGUGAUCUUCCUGACUGAGAUGACAGUUAAGGUGGUAGCACUGGGGCUGUGCUUUGGGGAGAAGGCCUACCUGAAGAGCAGCUGGAACGUGCUGGAUGGGGUGCUGGUCCUCAUCUCCGUCAUCGACAUCCUCGUCUCAAUGGUGUCGGACAGCGGCACGAAAAUCCUGGGGAUGCUGAGAGUGCUGAGGCUGCUGAGGACGCUGCGGCCCUUGAGAGUCAUUAGUCGAGCCCCAGGACUGAAGCUGGUGGUGGAGACACUCAUUUCUUCCCUCAAGCCAAUAGGAAACAUUGUCCUCAUCUGCUGUGCUUUCUUCAUCAUCUUUGGGAUCUUAGGGGUGCAGCUUUUCAAAGGCAAGUUUUUUAUCUGCCAGGGGGAGGACACCAGAAACAUCACAAAUAAAUCGGAUUGUGCAGAAGCAAGCUACAAAUGGGUCCGGCACAAGUAUAAUUUUGAUAAUCUCGGCCAGGCCCUGAUGUCUCUCUUUGUUCUGGCCUCCAAGGACGGCUGGGUGGAUAUUAUGUACGAUGGCCUGGAUGCAGUGGGAGUUGACCAGCAGCCAGUCAUGAACUACAACCCGUGGAUGCUCCUCUACUUCAUCUCCUUCCUGCUCAUCGUCAGCUUCUUCGUGCUCAACAUGUUCGUGGGGGUCGUGGUGGAGAACUUCCACAAGUGCCGGCAGCACCAGGAGGAGGAAGAAGCCAAGAGGAGGGAGGAGAAGAGGCUUCGCCGGCUGGAGAAAAAGAGAAGGAGUAAGGAGAAACAGAUGGCUGAUCUAAUGCUGGAUGAUGUGUUAAUGGAGAGCACAGCCAGCGUGGUGCCAGAGGCGCAGUGCAAGCCCUACUAUUCGGAUUACUCCCGCUUCCGCUUCCUGAUCCACCAGAUGUGCACCAGCCAUUACCUGGAUUUGUUCAUCACGGGCGUCAUCGGCCUCAACGUGAUCACCAUGGCUAUGGAGCACUACCAGCAGCCGAAGGUCCUUGAUGAAGCCCUGAAGAUUUGCAAUUAUAUCUUCACUGUUAUCUUCGUCCUGGAGUCUGUUUCCAAGCUCAUUGCCUUCGGGUUCCGUCGCUUCUUCCAAGACAGAUGGAACCAAUUAGAUCUGGCAAUUGUGCUGCUGUCUAUCAUGGGUAUCACUUUGGAAGAGAUUGAGGUGAAUGCUUCGCUACCAAUUAACCCCACUAUUAUCCGAAUCAUGAGGGUUCUCAGGAUUGCUCGAGUGCUGAAGCUGCUGAAGAUGGCUGUGGGGAUGAGAGCUCUGCUGGACACUGUGAUGCAAGCGCUGCCCCAGGUGGGGAAUCUGGGUCUUCUCUUCAUGUUGUUGUUUUUCAUAUUUGCAGCUCUUGGAGUGGAGCUCUUUGGUGACCUGGAGUGUGAUGACACACACCCCUGUGAGGGGCUGAGCCGACAUGCCACCUUCCGCAACUUUGGGAUGGCCUUCCUCACCCUCUUCAGGGUGUCCACGGGGGACAACUGGAACGGUAUCAUGAAGGACACCCUGCGAGACUGUGACCAGGAGUCCACCUGCUACAACACUGUCAUCUCGCCCAUCUACUUUGUCUCCUUUGUGCUGACGGCCCAGUUUGUCCUGGUGAACGUGGUGAUCGCCGUGCUCAUGAAGCACCUGGAGGAGAGCAACAAGGAGGCGAAGGAGGAGGCAGAGCUUGAGGCAGAACUGGAGAUGGAGAUGAAAACCAUCAGCCCUGGCCAGCACAGCCCCUCGGACAUCUUCACUUGGAUGGGUGGCGUUGGUGGCGAAAGGCCCGAGAGCCCCCGUGGAUGCCCCCAUCCCCUGCAAAUCAAGGUGGAUUCUCAGCUCUCAUUAGUUUACCCUAUGGAAAGGCACUUGUUUGAUACCAUAUCCCUGCUGAUCCAGGAGUCUCUGGAAGGAGAGCUGAAGCUGAUGGACAACCUGUCAGGCUCUGUGUGCCAUCACUAUGCCCUCCCUGCUCCUGAAUAUUGCAACUCUGAGAACCAGAUCCCUCUAGCUGAGAUGGAGGCUCUGUCUCUGACGUCAGAUAUUCUCUCUGAAAAGUCCUGGUCCUUAGCUCUGACGGAUGACUCUUUUCCUGAUGACAUUAACACACACUUACUUAGUGCUCUGGAAAGCAAUGCUGAGCUGCGCUGCAGGGAUGCCGUGCUGGCACUGUCCCCCUGCCAGGACCUGCUGAGCGUCAGGAAGCCGUCGGUGGGUCGCACGCACUCCUUGCCCAACGACAGCUACAUGUUCCACACCUCCCAGCCGCUCUCCCGGCCCAGCACCGCCUCCCUGCGAGAUGGGAACCCGGCCCAGCACAAAGCGCACUCAGGUUCAAAGGCAUCGGUGCAGUCGCAGCCAGCAGACACCAGCUCUCUCCUGCAAAUUCCAAAGGACCAUUUCCACCACGUGAGAGCUCACGAUCCAUUGGUCAGGGAGAGCAAACCCCCCGUGGCCGCCCCGGUGCACUCCCCUUCUGCUGAGAGGCUGCUCCGCAGGCAGAUGGCCAUAAGGAAUGACUCAUCGGACAGCAAGGAGAACCUCCACGCCGAGCUGAGUGAGCUCCCCAACCCAGAGAUCCCCAGCACACCCCAGGAGGAGUCACCAGCUGCCCUGAGCCCCUCCAAAGGAGAAGAUCUGGCUGCGUGGAGCCGGGCAAGCGUUCACACACAGCAGCAUUCCCACAAUCAAUAUAAUGUUUCAAAGCAGGCACUGACAUCAUGUGCUUGUGUGGACUCCUAUCAGGAGACGCCUGGAGACUCAAUGGACCAAGAAGUGUCUGAAACAAACAGCUCCUCGGAGCCUUUCCCUUCCGAAACUUGCACAGCCUCGAGUGCCUGUUCAGACGUGCAGCCUCUCAGUCCUAAGAGGAACAUCGGCAAUACCGGCAGCGUUACGUUGAAGGACCUGAAGAAAUACCACAGUGUUGACACCCAAGGUCUUCUAAAAAAACCACCCUCUUGGUUGGAUGAUCAAAGGAGACAUUCGAUAGAAAUCUGCUCAAUGGAAAACAGCCCUCAGCACCAUUCCACGUCUAGCUCUUCUGGCUUCAUAAGUCAGGUGGUAAGUGAAAUGGAAGGCUUGCAAGGGACGCGGCAAAAGAAAAAACUGAGCCCUCCGUGUAUCUCUAUAGACCCACCCAGCGAACAGGGCUUGCUACCCAGAGGACCUCACAGCAUCUCACCUGCUAGAGGAGAUACCUGCUUGAGGCGGCGUGCUCCGUCCUGUGACUCCAAGGACUCAAUGGAUACGGGGGAUUCGUUGCUUCCAGACAGCAUGUCAGCAUCUCCUACCCCAAAGAAAGACUUGUUGACGCUUCCUAGCUUUUCCUUUGAUCGGAAUGAGAUGGAGCCCUGAGGUACUUUUCUGUUGGUGCCAAAUGUUUUCUUCCUUUCACGUAACAGAAAAACAAAAAAAAAAGGAAAAAAAUAAAAGGAAAAAUAAAAAAGAACUGUAUUCCCAAAUGGCGCUGGGUAAAAUGUUUCCAAAGGAGGGUUAAAGAACCAGCUGAAGGAGGGGUUCACCUAUAUCACGCUUACUUAAGCAUAUGGUCUGCUUAGGUAAAAGCAAUACAAUGUGCAGAAUCUAUAUGUAUAUUAUAUUUUAUUAAAUUAAUUGAAUCUAGUAUUGCGGGAUGUAGUACAUUUUGUGACUAAAGACUCAUUUGAUUUUCCUCUAUUUUAUGUGUCUCAGAAUAUUUCUGAGAUCAGGUUGGUUUUUAUGAACAUUUUAACCUUAAAAAUAUAUAUUUAAUCCCUUCUCUUUUUUUUUUUUGUUUCGUUUCGUUUGGGUUUCAUUUUGUUUUGCAAAGCACAAAAUGUAGCCAAUUAGUGCAUUACAGAGGAAACGUAUCCCACAGUCAGCAGUAAAUAAGAAUUAUUUAAUGUAAUUUAUUUUUCCCCUUGGACUUGAGUCAUUUUCUGGAGAAUAUAAGAAUGCGGCAGCGUUCCUUUCUGACAAAAUAAAUUCCCAGUCUUGCAUAAAAUCAGCAUCCAGAGGAAAAGCAAGUGCACAAAACAGGACCGUGUGACGCCCUGCUGCGUGGCUGAGGGCUGGGAAUGCGGAGCUGCAUGCAGGAGCUCCACGGUGCUGACUUAGAGUGGGAUGCUUCAAAUCAUCCACGGGCGAUUCAUGGAAUCACAAACAACAAGGAACUGCCUGCAGGGCCUGCUCAACCCUCCUGGUCUGGAGGCAGAGCCCAUUGCCCACAGGGAGCUGCCCCGCUGCCCCAGUGAGAGCCGUGCUGAGGGUGGUGGUCAGUAAGUUAUUGAUUAAAAUUGCUGCUGGGUUUACAUGUUGAACAGAAUGGAGGCCUACUGCAGUUGGGAAAUUGCUCUACUGAGUACAUGUAAGGAGGUCUUGUAGGUACCAAAGUGUUGGUUGAUUUUCAGUAUAAGUUUUUCCUGUUGCUGCUGGAGUUAAUUCAUGUGAAGAACCCGAUGGAAGUUUUGUUUCCAACCUACAACAGUCCUUGUGAUGUAAAGCAUGCAGAAAUGGAAGCCUUCAUAGUCCUUCAUAUGUCCUUCAUAGACCCCCUUAGUGUCAGCCAUCUCCAAGGCAAGCAGCCCAUUCUGUGGCUGCCCUGUGUGCCUCACCCCGCUCCUCACAGGGCUGGCAGGAGGCAGAUGUGGACCUGAAGGUGUAGGCUAAGUGGGGCUUUGAAGGCACGGCUGUAAGUAUGUGAAUAGCUGCAGCCUUCGGAUGGUGUGCAUGGAGACUCUGCUGGCUCCUGUCCUUAAACCAGCACAAGCCUGUGUUGGGUUUGAGCUCCUUUGCUUCCAGCUGAGGAGCUUUCCCCCACAAACAACAUGUGCACCCCAUGAGGAGCACAGGGCUGGCUGCAGGCAGAGAUGGUUUUGGUUCCCCCUCUCCACUAUGGGGAGAAACCUCACCAUCCUGCCUGGUCUGAGCUGAGCCUGUUUGGAGCAGUGACUUCAAACAAAGCUUUCAUCAGUUCUCCCCCAGCUCACAUUUAAGGAAACAAUAAAAUUACAGUGUGCUAAGCCUGGGAAGUAUUCUUAAUCCCUUUUUGGUCUUACGCUCCUAAUGAGCCGAGGCCUUUCCUUUCACAUUUACUGAAUAACCUGGGAAAAUACGACCUUGCUGGCC